GCGUCAGCCCUGCGCGGAGCGCCGGCGCGAUGGCGGCGGCGGCGGCGGCUGCGAUGGCCGAGCAGGAGAGCGCCCGGAACGGCGCCCGCAACCGCGGCGGCGUCCAGCGCGUGGAGGGCAAGUUGCGCGCCAGCGUCGAGAAAGGCGACUAUUACGAGGCGCACCAGAUGUACCGGACCCUCUUCUUCAGGUACAUGUCGCAGAGCAAGCACACCGAGGCCCGCGAGCUCAUGUGCUCCGGAGCCCUGCUCUUCUUCAGCCACGGCCAGCAAAACAGCGCUGCCGAUUUGUCCAUGCUGGUCUUGGAGUCACUGGAGAAGGCGGAGGUCGAGGUGGCCGACGAGCUGCUCGAAAGCCUGGCGAAGCUGUUUAGUUUGAUGGACCCCAACUCCCCAGAGCGCGUGGCGUUUGUGUCCCGAGCCCUGAAGUGGUCCAGCGGAGGAUCUGGGAAGCUGGGCCACCCCCGGCUCCACCAGCUGCUGGCCCUCACGCUGUGGAAAGAACAGAACUACUGUGAGUCCCGGUACCACUUCCUGCACUCCAGCGACGGGGAAGGCUGCGCCAACAUGCUGGUGGAGUACUCCACGUCCCGGGGCUUCCGCAGCGAGGUGGACAUGUUCGUGGCCCAGGCCGUCCUGCAGUUCCUCUGCUUGAAGAACAAGAGCAGCGCGUCGGUGGUGUUCACGACGUACACGCAGAAGCACCCGUCCAUCGAGAACGGCCCCCCGUUCGUGCAGCCCCUGCUCAACUUCAUCUGGUUUCUGCUGUUGGCUCUCGACGGGGGGAAGCUGGCGGUGUUCACGGUGCUGUGUGAGCAGUACCAGCCGUCGCUGCGGCGGGACCCCAUGUACAACGAGUACCUCGACCGCAUCGGCCAGCUCUUCUUCGGGGUGCCGCCCAAGCAGACGGCUUCGUACGGAGGCUUGCUAGGGAACCUUCUGAGCAGCCUCAUGGGCUCCUCGGAGCAGGAGGGCGAGGACAGUCAGGACGACAGCAGCCCCAUUGAGCUCGAUUGACGCCCGCGACCCGCACGGAGACGCCCAGACCGCGGCGGGUGUGGUUCCCAACUCGAGUGCAGACCCGGGCCCCGGCACCCUGGCCGCGGGGCCUCGCGGCGGGUGUCCCGUGGCCGCUGGGGCCGUGGGCUGCGGGGCCGCGCCGGCUGGGCCGCCGCCGUGUACCUUGCGAUGCCCCAAUAAAGCGCAGGCCGUGCCGAGCCGCCACCUCUCCGGGCCUCGUGUCUGGUUUGCUUGGGGAGGCCGGUCCGCGGGCGGCGGGCAGGCGCCUGGCCCCGCGACGGCGUCUUGGCGGGGGGGCCGCAGACCUGGGCACCUUCGUGAGGCAAUAUUUAUUUCCGUGGGUGACCGAGUCCUUACCUGACGUUUUAGGUUUUAACCAAAUAACCAGCCCGGGAACGAGCAGGCCUGUCCUUUCUCCCCGACGCUGCGCCAGCUGUUCCCGGGAGAGUCACAAAAGGGGAAACACUUUAUUUUUUCACGAUUAAAAUGAGACUUGUAGAUUAAUACCCGCUGAUCAUGCAUGGGGAAGGAACCGCGUACACAAUCUCAUUUACUGUAAAAAUGGAAUUUAAAGGACGGUGUGAGACUUGUUGAGCUUAAAUAAAUCCUUUCUACUGGG